UGUAUUAUUAAAUUAUUAUGAUUAUGAUAUAAACUCAAGGAUUUAGGAACAACUUCAACAAAUGAAUUAGCGAACAUCGAUAUUUAAUAUGAUUUAACUCAUAUUAGUAAUUCAUCUCCCGCCAUAACUAUUUAAGCUCUUGAAAGCGGGAUCGCUCUCGCAGCUCUCGAAAUCCCUGGAAGAUCUUCUUCUUCUUCCGCAUUCCCCAAAUGCAGAAACCGCCAUGGAUGAAGCUCCGGCGAAAUGGAACGUUACCUUCACGAAGCACCUCAAGCAGAAGAAGCGCAAGUCCUGUCGCCACGGCUUCCUCUCUCUCCACUCCUCCACCGCCAAGGUAAUGCUGUAUGAUGACGGCGAGCAGCUGUUGGAAUGCAGGAUUUUGAAGAAUGAUGAAGUUGUUUGUUCUGGUGAGACAAUGACCUUCAACGCUUAUUUGGUUGAUGUUGGAGAGCCUGAAGGAGGGCCAAAGCCUCUUGAUGAUGCUUAUACUUGCAGCCGAGAAAAGAAAGUUCCUAAGGGAAGAGCUUCCCUUCACAGAAACACGUUUGUCAAAGUAUCUGAUUCCGCCGGAGAUGUGAAGACCAAAGUGGAAAAGGGUAAACAGCAGACGAUCGACCUAAGCCCAUCGCAGAAAAUUAUAAAAGAAUUCAAGAAGAAUGAAAUGAACAAGUACGGCAUAUUGCAGGCAAGUCCAAACUCAAGGACAUCGAGUACAACAGGCGAGUUUGGACUUUUGCUGACUCAUCUAUGCCCAUACCAGGCUGUGUCUUUCUCUUGAUGUAUGUCUUUGAUUGUGAAUCCGUUCUUGAUUUUCUUUGGGGUACUGUUUCUACACAUCUUUAAUUCUCCCGACUCUGAUGCUUUGUAUAUCAAAUCUUCUCAAUCCCAGUGGUUCUAUAUAUUUUCAUGGCUUCUAUUGAAAUCACUGGAGCUUCUUACCAUGUAUCCAAAUUUCCCUAAGAAAACUGGUCUCAAAAUUCUCUAUGCAGUUAUAUUCAAGAGUUUGUUAUUGAUGUCUCAGCACUGCAGUUGACAUGAUAUUCCUUUUGAUAUAGAUUGGCACGCCUUGGAGACAACACACUUAACUCAAAAGUUGAAAAAAUAUCAUGAUGGCUUCUUUCGUUGUACAAGCAGUGGAUCUAUGACUAGGCAGGUCAUACAGUCUACAUCUACUGUGGAUUUUUACCGUUCGAUAAUACCAGCUAUCUCAUUGCCGAAUUAAAUUUCAGCUCUUGCUUCCUUUAUUAGUUGGUUUUCUUCUUCAUGAUGUAUACCUUUCUCAGCAGAUUAGUGAAAAUUUUGUCAGGAUAAAUAUGGCUCAGAUGAUUGAAACCUUAUUUGGAUUUUUUACCAGGUUUUCUUGUAUGAUACAAGCUAGAAACUUUUAGAUAGCAGGGUCUGAACAAAGCUGAAGAAGUAAGCUCUGGGGAGAUGAUGGAAUUUCCUGGUCAUUUGGUUGAAGUUGGCAAUCGUGAAGCAAACCAUGAAUCUUUGAGUGAUCUAAAAGCAUCUGGAAAAGGCUUCAAUUCGCUUCACAAAUUAAAUAUUCAGAAGCAGCAGCAUAACGUCACUACCAUUAAAUCUGCUGUAAAAGGUGCUCUGCAAUUGAUGUAAUUGCAGGACACUCCAUACUCACCAAAAUGAUAUUUCAACACAAUGUGAUUCGGAGCUUUAAGGACACAAGUUCAAAGGAUGUUCAUAAAAUGUGGGACAAUUUCCAAAAAUUCUUUAACUUGCAGAUGCCAAGAGUCAAUUCUUUGUUUUUGUUUCUAGUUAAAACUUUCUUCAUUGACUAGAUAAGAGAUAUGACAAUUGAAAAUCAUCAUUGUUAUUCAUAUGAUCUCUUCCUUUUCAGUUAAGGAGGAUGAUACCUUCUCUUCAUGUUUUGGAUGAUCUACAAUAAUGACUUGAAUCUGAUUGUGAUGCACUGAAAGAUGUACUCAUUACUCCUCUUUCAGAAGAAAAAAACUGGCCAAACUCACAAUUUUCUGCUUGAUGAACUGUAAGGAAACUUUUGUACUUGUCAUGGGCAAAACUCUCUACUGCGUAACCAGAUGGAUUCUUGAAAUAGCUUAGAUACAACAGAUUUCCAACUUGAGUUCAAAGGAUAAAAUGUAUGAUGUGUAAAAGCUUCACCAAAUAUAAAACCAUCUAUUGAGGUUUCGGCA